AGGGAGGGGAGGCAAAGUGGAAUGAAGAGGAAAGCGCCUUGACACAUCUCAACUAGGCUACAUUUAACCCAUUCCAUUUUUUUUCCGUUUUCAACUUUUGCUUUCUAGAAUACCAACGAAGCUUUUGCUUCAAUGAAAUGAGGUGAACGCAUUUCAAUUUCCCCUUCCAACCCUUGUUAGAUCGAAUCAUACUGAACACAAAGAAAGAUGGCGGGUAAUUGUACACUGUUUAUAGAAGACCAACACUACUGCGUAAGUAUCGAUCUUUCCGUUUCCUUUGAAGUCAGUGAGGUAAGUAAUUUCUCUUCUCUAUCUAUGGUGUUUUACAGAAAAUUAUCGCCAUUGUCAAGCAGACGGUCGCUUCUUUUUCUUUGGUUGCCAGGUGAGAACUGACCAAACAUGUUCCUCUUAAUGAUAUUGUGAAAUGUUUAAGAAACGUUGUAAAUUACAGAGCAGAAAUGGCUCCAUAUCUCCCCCUUUUUUCUUUAUAUGGAAACAUACCAUAUUACUCUUACAUCCUAAAUUCUAUCGAAGUUUUGAAAGCAUGUCGAUUCAUUACAUAUUUCCUGAUCAAUGAAGCUCGUUCUAUAGGUUCGUAUGUAAUUACUUAAUAUUAUGUUCAAAUUUUAAGAUGUUUGCGUAGGCUAGAUUUUCCUCAGCGUAUCGGUUUUAAACUUGAAUUUACGAUCGCUCUAACAAGUUCAAAGUGAUGUUUUGCGUAUAUUGACGUACAGGUGGAAGAUUUAAAAAAUCAGAGGAUUCGAUCGACCAAUAACAGCUUACCAGAUCUUACCCGUGAUACUGUUAAACUGUUUUCAUUCAAAUCUGUCUGAGCUUUAACCUAUCAAGUAAAUUUGUUAUUAUAUAUUUGAGGUAUGAAUUUAUUUCAUGAUGUAAAAUUUAAUGAUCUGUCAUCAUUUACAAUUACAUUUUGCAGCCUCUUCAUAAUAUUUGUUAUAUGGCUUUUCAGAAAGUACAAGUAUUUUGUGCAGGUAGAAGAUCCUCAUUUUACAUAUAACCAUUGGAAAUAAUUGAUGAUGUCAAAAACCACAUUACUGAACAUCAAUGACUCACAAACUACUCUGUUGACUAGGAAUCUGCACAAUGCCUUACUUACAGCACUAACUACUUUCCAUGGUUUACUCUGGAAAGCUGGCUUACCAGCAUAGAACAGACUCCACUCAACAGGUGACCACUACUGCUGGCACCAUUCAAAUGACUUAUUCGUGACAUAAACAUGCAAAUCAAUGGAACAGAACAAGCUAACUUUACUGAUGAAUUGAAACUGACCAAACAUGAUUUACUUCUGCUACUUGAGUCAUACAUCUAAUAACAUCACAGCUAAACUGACCAGUCAGUAUACACAAACUGAACCUAGUAAAUUUGACUGACAAUAACAACUCACUUGACUCUGAUGAUGACUUCCACUCAGGUAAUUGAAAUGUUAGUGACUACUACCAACAACAAUUCUGCACAGGACUGAUGACCUGAUCUGAUGAUCUGAUCUGCACAAUCAUAUAAAAAUAUUUAAUGAUGGAAUGUGGCUGAACGCAGAGCUAAUAGUAUGACAGUAAGCACUUCCAAGAACAGAAUAUACAGAAUGUUAAAUUAUGUAACAAUAUUAUUUAUAACAGAACGCGUAAAUUUGUCUAAUCAAAUUCAAUUGCGUGAGUGUGCUUCAUACUCCUAUUGUGCACGCUCAUGAUGUCAGCGAACAAAUCUCUUGAGAAAAAAAUUUCUUCGUGAUUUUUUACUUUGGGAUUUUACUAUUAAACAACUGGUUAAGACUUCAUUGGCAAUUUGAGCUAAACAUGGAAAGUUGUGAGAAAGCUGAUGAGGAAGAAAUGUUUUCCUGAAACAAAAUUAUCAAUGCACUGAAGCGUAGCAGAAGGAAUAUAUACCCUUUUACAACAUUUAAACCAUCGGUUGAAAAUGAUAUUAAACAAUUGGUUCAUACAUCAGCUGUGCGUUCAUUGAGAUAUAAAGCACUUGGGAAGUUUGGAGAGCACGCAAGAAGCUAGAGUUGCUCAAGGUGUAGCCUCGAGCAACUCUUACGCAUCCUUCGAGCUCUCCAAACUUCCUGCGUGCUUUAUAUCUUGAUGAAUGCACACUGAUGUAUUAACUAAUUGUUUACUGUAAAUGACUGUGAAUAUAUGAUAAUCACAUAUGUGAACUGCGGAUUAAGAAAUGAAUAUAACAGUGAUCUUUGCAGCAAUGAGCACUAGUUAUGCAUUAGUGAAAAUAAGGUCUGAAAAAAAAUUUAGGCCUGUAUGGGAUUUUAACCCAUGACCCCUGUGAUACAGGUGCAGUGCUCGACCAACUGAGCUAACCAGCCAACUGGGAACUGGUCCUUAUUUGGUAGAGCACUGCACUGGUAUCACAGUGGUCAUGGUUUAAAAUUUGGAACGGGCCUCAAUUGCUUUUUCAGGCCUUAUUUUUACUACUGCUUAAGUAGUGUUCAUAACUACGAACUUAAGUUUUCUUUCAUGUUCAAUGUUAUGUGUCCUCACCACUUACUUGUGGUUCAUGUCAACAGAGACUUAUUUUGGCUCUUACUUCUGCUGCUUGUCUCGACAGUAUAAGCUAUCUACUGGUAAGUGUCCUGCUUGAAGCUCCUUUUAAGUCUAACAGAGAUAUAUUGUAGAUAUACUCACAGAUAAACAUACCUUUUGCUUGUGGUGAGUGAAGCACUUCUCACUUUAAUUAAUCUAUUUUGUUUUUAAAUGAAGUAAAGCCAAAGACUGUUGAUUGAGCACUUUUUUUGAAGUAAAAUAUUACACAUUACCAAAGAGUUGUAAACUUGAUAAUGUACUUUACAACUCCAGACAGGUGUUCCUCCAGAUGACAACACUUUAUGUGACUUUCAGGCCUGGCUUCUUUCAUUUACAAGUAUGUUGACUGUUUCAAGUUGAGAGAUAGCAUUUAUUUGUAGUUCAGUUCAUUUUCAUAUUCUAUUGUGGCAACCUUAUGCUGUAAUUAUGAUAUUUAACAAUCAAUCAACAAGUUCAAGCAAACACUUUUGCUGUUCAUCUCAAAUAUUUAUUUAAGAGCUAUACUAUCAUAUUAGAUGGCCUUCUGAUGACUUUCUGUUCAGUGAAAACUUCACAAAAAAUGCUGGCUACAUCCCCUGUGUCCAUUAUCUCAUAAAAAAAACCCAGCUGAGCAUUUAUCAAAACACCUGAAAACCUUUUGGGCCUGAAAAUCAUCUAGUAACCCACUUAAAAAGGCACCCACAAAUAUAAGGCCUAAGUAGCAUUAAUUAUUUCUCCUUGUGAACUUUGAAGGAACUCCUUAUCUCCCCAAAACUUUUUCCAGGUGAUUUGAUCUGAAAUAAAAUGGCAGUCAUCAGGGCUGUUCUGAAUUAAACUAUACAGCUAAGAUGAUAUGUGGUGGGAACAUUAAUACUGAUUAUGGAACAAAACAACAUUUUAAAAGGUGGUGAGAGAAUUCCUUAUUGUCAGUGGCUUUUUUCUGGGACAAAAAAGUGGGACUCAGGGUAUCAGUCUCCUCUAAGCACAGAGGUGGGGUCAAAGAUAUAUUUAUGUAUUUAAGAAUAUGUUUUCAUAGCUGGCAGUAAAGCCAGAAAAAAACAAUGAAAAAUUCAAGUGAGAAUACAGGGCUUUUGGCAACUUUCAGAAACACUCUGUGGGACCUGAGAAAAUCACCUGAAAUAUGGUAUCAAAAAGUUUUUGGCCUGAGAAGUUUUUAUGUCUUUUGAGAAAUGCAUGCCUGGAGUUUUUCUUUGUUAAUGUAGUACAUUUUCUUUUCCCAUGCUUGCUGUAAUUAAAUUUUAAAUCUCUCUUAAUAGUUUUUUUCAUUUAUCACCAUCUUACUGAUCAUAAAGGAAAUUAUACAAGUAAUGUGAAAUAGAUUUGGUCUGUAUUUUGUAGGUUUCUCUGUCCUUCUGUGGGUUUGCUGCAUCACCUUUAACUUAUACUGGAAUGCUAUAAAAGAAGUCAAAACAGAUAAAUUUGAAAAGUUAGUCUGAUUUUUUUUUUUGAGUAAUACUGCAAGUCUUAAAACUGAGAAGAUUAUGUUUUGAUUCAACAGGUUGUUUAGUGAACAAUCUGACUAAAUUGCAAGACAUGUAAGCAAAGCUCAAAACUACAAUCCAAUUGUCCUUACAGUGUGCAGUUUAUUUCUCUUGUGCCUGAUUGGUUUUUUUCCAAGGAGUAUAAUAAGAUCCCAUAAUUGUUUCUGGCUUCCCAUUUUUGUGAGUGAGUAAUGUUUAUUAGUAACAUUUAAGCCUGGUUGACAUGUGCGGCGUGAAUGCAAAUGCAAAUGUAAGCAAGUUCACAUAUCCAAUGUGAAUGCAAGGAAAGUGAGAUACACAAGCACAGUGUAAGUAUUUUUCCAAGAUGGCUGAUGACGACAAAGCUUUUUUGUUGCAAAGUUUGCUGCAGUAUGUUUUAUCAUUUGUUUUUGUUUACAGAGCCCUGAGGAGAAAUUUUACUUGUACACUGUUUACUAAACUGUUCAAGAGGCACUGUAUUCCUACAUCAAUGUCUUUGCUGUAUAUGUGUACAUUCUUUCGUAAAACAUACUGUCUUUUAAGCCCACUUCUUUGGCCACAUCUUUCCAAGCAAGACUUGUCUUUGAUUUGUCUUUCAAUUCUGGGAAACUUUUGUCAAAACAAGUUUUAUUUUUUAAAUAAAAGGCGUAAGUUUCUAAAGAAACUGUCAUGCUACAUUGGUGGGAGAGUGUAGCAGGUAAUUUAGUGUUAACAACUUGGUUAAAAAUGUAAAUUGGCCUUUGUAAAGAGUAAAAAAGCUGAUGUUUCAAGUGUUAGCCCUUCGUCAGAGCAAUUUUUCUGACAAAGUACUAACACUCAACCUAGUUGUUAACACUAAGUUACUACUUUUGAAAUGGUGGAAGACAUUCUUGCCAUCUCUUUCUGAACUGUUCAAUGGUGUCAUAGAACCGAUAGAGCCUGUGCUUUUCAUCUUGCAUUUGUGUUGCCCUACUUCACACAUGUGGGAAGCAAAUGCAAGCACAAGAAAGUGGAAUUUUUUUAAUCCUCUAUGCCUUUUAAGUACCAGUAAUCAGGGUAGUUUCUAUUUCACCUAGAACCUUUUAAGUAGCUUCUAAUGGGUCUGUAAAAAAAAUUUUUCAUUCCAUGCUCUGAUAUACAUUAAUUAGAUUAGAAAACACAUGGUACAUAUUUUUUUUGCAGAUAUUAUCACCUUGUCUCAUGGGGAAUCCCCUUUGUAGUGGCCUGCUUACCUCUGAUCAAUGACCAUUAUGGACCUGCAGGGGCCUGGUGGUGAGUAUUUACAUUGUAGAUUAUGCAAUUCACAAAAUGAAUGAACAAGAAAAAAGUUUUGGCCUCAUGUUAUCAUUGUUGUAGGUAUUGAAUGUUACUUUUUGCAGCUAUGGUUCAUGUUAGUUUGAUUUUAUUCAGGUACAUCUUAUGAUGUUAUAUUAAGAUAUACUAAUCAAUAUCUUUCUGUUAAAUUCAGGGAAAAACAGAAUUGGAAACAUAGCCAUACUAAUUAAAAAAAUUAAAAAAUUUCCUAGAUUGUUAUUGGUUAAAAAACUUCUAUUUUCACUAAUUCUCUUACCAAGUUGUUAUGAACAGUUUGUUAUCAAAUGGUUCAAUAAACCAAUUACAUUCAAAGUGGUAGUUUAAAUCAACCAAUCACAACCUUGGUUUCAACUUGGUCUGUAAUCAUACCUGUGAUAAACAAAUUGGACUCCCACUGCUUGUUUGUCCGAUUUAUUAUAAUUUGUAUGAUUACAGACCAAAUGGGCUCCACUCAGUCCUAUUACCAUUACUUAUUCUGUUGUUUUCCUUUCCACAAACUUGCAUGUUAAUAAUUAAAAGGAGGAAGGGAAAUAUGAGUGAUGAAUAAAGUAGCUAGUGUUGGAAGAAUAUAAAGCUAUGUUAAAACACAAAAUUAGCUACUCAAUUUUAAAGAGUAGCAUUUUUUUUCCAGUUGGAUUUCAAAACAAAGUGACAACAGCGUAGCAUGGAGAUUCGCCACGUAAGUGAAUGAGGUUACCAGUAUGGCCUAUUUGCUCUAUAUGUUUUUUUGGUAGCAAGAUUUAAGUCAUUAUGGUCAGAGUUAUGGCACAUAUGUUAAAGUUUGGUAAAUUUGGUAAAUUAAAAUAUCAUUUUACUCAAGGUAUGAUAGGGUGAUUUUUGUACAGCAAAGGGUUAAAUCUAGUGAGUGGUUACCAUGUGUUGUUUAAUCUAAAUUGAAGGGAAUUCUCACUCAAGUACCUUUGUUAUUAAAUUUUUCUACAGAAAUGAAUGUUAUAUUGAACUGAACAUGGCUGUAAAUAUUCUUUUGUAACAGUUGCUUAUAAUCAAAAAUGCUUUGUGCUUCUAAUUCACAGAUAUUAUAUUCCUGUGUAUCUCUGUAUCAUUGGACUUUUUGUUGUUUAUUCUUACAUCUUCAUAACAAUUAGGAGACAGGUCAGUUUUUUUACAUGUCUUUGAUCUCACAGACGAUUGAUUGAGUAUUAAUAGAACACUGAAUCAAUAAAAUGGAACUGGAACUCAUUACAUGUCAUUUUUUGGUCAGAGAUAUAACAUCUUGUAAUCUAGGAAGGAAAAUGGAAAUGCUGCCCCACUUUUUGUCCUUCAUGGCCAUCUUCAUAGCUGUUUCAUUGCACAUGGCUUUUGUAAAUGAAAAUUUUGUUCACCUUUUUCUCCCCUUUUUAACUUAACUGUGAGUAAAUUUCACUUCAAGUGAGUGUCUGAGCUGUAUUUCAACUGGCAGAUAAAACGUUGGGAGGGUACAUACAAUGCUGAAGCUGACAGAAGCAAAGUAAGUCUAUUGAAACAUUUUAUCCGUAUAAUUUUUUGUAUCUUUGCAUAGAGACCCAGUUAUCUUUUGCUUGACUCAUUCAUUUUGAGUUUUUCUCAUUUGAGGAUACAGCUGGGCUAGUGACAGCACAAACAAAACUUACCUGUUUUAACUUAAAUUGUGUUUAUUUGUUAGGAGCUGAUGAAACAGGACAUUAGGCCACUGAUGUGGUACCCUGUAGUUUAUCUUUUGACAACAAUAUGUCCUCUCAUAGACAGGUUGGUGCAGCUAGUUGUAGUGAUAUAGUCUUUGUAGAACUUGCCAUGCAGAUAAUAAAAUAUGUUUACUUUUGUAUAGUUCAAGGUUUUUGUCUGCAAGAUACACUUUGCAGAACAACUUUGGAAAACUAACAGAGGAUCAGUGUAACCCAAUAAUAUCAGUGAGAAACUAAGCCAUAUACUUUUUUGGGCUAAUAAAUUUUAGGCUCUCUCUUUUCCAUUGUACUAUUUCAAUAUUUAAAGAAGAGACAGAUAUUUCUUUGAAAUAAAUAGCAGAUUUACAUGUGUAUGGUGAUAAUUAACUUGUGACUACAUAAUAAGAAAAGGACAGAUUUUUAUUGAAACAUGACUGCUUUUUUCAUUGGAUGGAGUGCUACAUUCUGUUUACUUGGAAUGGCUGGCUCAGAGACAAAGAAGCUGUAGGCAUGUUCAUUGUCAAUGCAUACUUGUUUGCAGAAUUCAGAAUGCAGCAAGCCCCCAACCCAAUUUCACAUUGCUGCUGCUUCAAGUACUGUCUAGUCCCCUGGUUGGUAAGUGGAAUGCUAGGAUCUUGAAGAAAGAAUGGGAAAAUUUUUUAAAGUUACCUCAAGUAAUCUCUGUGAUAUCCUGUUUGUAGGAGUCAAGUUCUCAAACAGAGUCAUAGUUUUCUGGAUCCUUAGCCUACUGAUUGUCAAACGACCAAAAGUGGUUUAUGAUGCUGAUGAUGGUUAUAAUUUGGAUGCUUAAGCAUAUUAAUGGUGACAGAUUAUAAGUGACACAGUUUUUAAUUAAGUUUUAAGUUUACUUUGCAAAGUUAAAGAGAGCAUUUUUGUAAAGGGGAAAGAAUUCUUAAGGGAAUUUAGUGAUGUAUGGAUCACAUGUUGUUGUGGCAUAAGUAAUACAAGCAUUUCAACUUACAAGCUUAUUUUGUUUAGGAAUGUUAAAUGCAAUUGUCUUUGGUAUGGAUAAGGAAACAUUGAGCAGGCUGAACUGCAUCCAAAUGAAGGUAUGAAUCACCCCUUUGUUGUAAUUUAAUAUUUCCUAGAGUUGAAUAACAUUGUUGUUUUUGUAUUUUAGGUUGCUUUGAUACAACACACAGCAGCUAAGAAGCCUCUUGUUCGGGAGUAUCCUGUUGGAGAAACAAAUGAAGUCAGACCCAAUGAUGAUUCAUCCUGGUCCUCAGCUACAUCAACAGAAUCCCCAUAUCCACCCUCUCCCACACCAGUUGCUGCACCACCUCCUCCCUUAGAUGAGCAGGUAGCAACCUAAGAUGAAACAGGCUGCUGCUGUGUAAUGUAAUGUUCUAUAUUUAAAUGGCCUGCUUUGUUGUAAAAUUUAAUUUUGGAAAUCACGGUAGAAUAAGUAUUUCAGACAUGUGCAACUCAACACCUUGAAUUAUGUAAGUACACCAGUCAGCAUUUCAAGUGUUCGUUUUUGACAACGUUUGUUUGAGUAUUUUUCUCUAUGUACUGUGGAAGGACCACAAACACAACAUUUGGCCUUUGCUGAUUUUGACCACAAACCUACCUUAUAAUUGAAAGUUAAGAAUUAUUGCCCUUGGUAAAAGUUUUCCAUCUACCGAUCUUCGUUACCUGCCUUUCAGUUGAUAACUAUUAUCGUUUGACUUCUCGAACAGUCCAUGUUCUGUUGUUUCCGUUGUGUUUUUCACUGGGGAGAUUAACGUGGUAUAUGUUUUGUGAGUGAAUAGAUCCUUCCAUGUAAAUCGGUUCACUGUAAACAUAGCAAGAAAUGUAAAUACAAGCUAUAUUAAGGUUGUAAUAAUUAUAAUAUAUUGCCACUAGCACAACAGGAAUAAUUCAAGCAUACUGUCCUAUUCACUGAACAAACUCUUCCACAUUCUUAUCAAAUUUGAUCCGCCCUCCACCCCCUCCCAGCUUGCAAAAUAACUGUCAUCCACGUGCUAUUUUUGUUCUUUAAUAAAACCGUGAAACGUG